AUUGAUUUAAAGAUUGGAUAUUUGGUUGCACGUCGUCUAUAAACUAUCGAACUGUCCAUCUGUUAAAUGACGGCCAUACAUAAAUCUCCACCCUCAAUCAUAACACCCCCUCUCUCUCUGUACUGGUUUUCCGGCCAUACCAAAGUUCUCCGGGCAUUUUUCGCCUGAUUUCCGGCAUUCGAUUUUGCCGUAUAACGCGACGGUAUGACGCAAUUGUUCAUACCUUAGGAAGAGAAACUCGUCAGCACACUUUUAGAAUUCAUGGAGCUUCAUCAACAUAAAGUGGCUUGUUUCAAUUCUUUCAAUGAAUCAACGGAGGAGAAGACUCAAGAGCCUGAGAUCCUAAGUGAUUCCGGCCAGGUUCAUGCCAGACAACCGGUUUUGGGGGGUUCGAAGACGGAAACAAAGGGAGCUGCUGCUUCUUCACCCAAAAGAAGGCGGGUUGUAGAGAAGAGAGUGAUCUCAGUCCCAAUUGGAGGCGAUCUAGAAGGUUCACGGCCAAGAGGGGAGGGAGCUCCACCGUCCGAUUCAUGGGCUUGGAGGAAGUACGGACAAAAGCCCAUCAAAGGUUCUCCAUAUCCAAGGGGAUACUACCGUUGCAGUAGCUCAAAGGGUUGCCCCGCUCGAAAACAAGUGGAGAGGAGCAGGGUAGAUCCGUCAAUGUUAGUCGUCACCUACGCCUGCGAACACAACCACCCCUGGCCCCCAACCUCCUCUCGCGGACCACCAAACAACAACAACCCUAGGAUUCCGUCCAAAACCCUAAAGGAAACCUCACCGGAAAAUCACAAAAUCUCGGACCACCCACCUGAGAUUACGCCGGAGAUGGAGUUUGAAGCCGGAGAUGGCUUCCAAAGCCACGAUCUUUGCUGGUUUCCAGGUGUAGACAUGCUCCAGAGCUCUGCUUACGUGCCGGACGACGGCGGAGAAGGGGUUUUCGGUCGAGAGGUUUUGGGUGACGAGGAAGUAUUCCGUCAGGAAAUUAACGGUAAGGAUGAGGAGUGCUUCGCGGAUUUGGGGGAAUUGCCUGAGUGCUCGGUGGUUUUCCGUCGGGGCUUGUUCGAGAUUCAGGAAGCAGCCGCUUCGUGGUGUGGAAACACGGGGUAAAAUGACGAAAAUUGCCCCUUCCUUGUGUAGAAACGGCAGAUUCAUCCGGCCGUUUUAAUGGAAAUGCCGGAUCACUCCAGCACCGAAGAAUAUUCCUGUUAUGCCUCACAAUUGUGACAAUUCUUUUCAGAAGUCCGAUUCCUACCACUCAACUACCCAAAAAAAAAAGAACAAAAAAAGACACCCAACCUGGAAAAUUCCAUGCAAUAAAUGACUAUGAUGAGUAUUUUCUAAGAAUUUCAAUGGGAUUGUAUACAAUGAGACUAUUUACUUUUGAUACAAAGAGGUUAC